GGUGCACAGCACACCAAAAUGCUUGCUGAGCAGUCAGGAGCUCUGACGCCUAAAUAAAUCCCUUGCCCUAGGAAAUUGGGGGUUUUGUGGUUUAUUUGCGACACCAUCUUCAGUCUGCACCCACACAAGACCUGUGAGUUGAUGUGUCUCCCAACUCCCCACUGGAGCUGACAACCCCCCAGCACAGCCCCCCCACAGGGGGCAGAUGUGGGCAUCCCAAAGCCACCCCUCAGGGCCCCCAGCACCCCGUGGGGCUGUGAGUGCCCCACCCCAAGCCCUGCUCAUUGUGACAUCGGCACCGCGUCACCAGCACCCGCGUUCUCACGCUGACAUCACAAUGUGCAGGGCAGCUUCACACUGCGCUCGCCCCUGUCCCCCCACUCCCGGGUACCUCUGGAUCCAGGAAGCAGCACCCCUGCUUUGCUCCAGAAGUCAAGCCCAGGAAUGGAGCUGAGGUCUCGACGCCUCAGUGCGCCACAUCCCAAUCCCCCCACCCGCCGCCCUGCGCCACGGCCCAGGCCUGAACGGGAGCCGUCUCCCCCAGAAAUGAGGCCAAGUGUCUCUGAGGAGGAAGGUGAGUGCAGAGCAUUCCCGCGGCGGAUGUGCCUCCGCCACGUGCAGGAGCCGCCCUGCUCACGGGCUUGGGGUGAUAAUGCCCUUGUCCCCACUGCAGGGUGCAGGCUGUGCCGGCGGGCAGAGCACGACCCCGACAUCUAUGGAGACAUGUGCCGUCAGGACCGGCUCUGCAUCCAUGAGAACUGCCUGUACCACGCCAGCGGGCUGUACCAGCGCGGCGCUGACCAUGAGGGAUUCUUUGGAUUCCUCAUCCCUGACAUCGAGGAGGUGCUGCAGCGCGUGGCACAGAAGAAAUGCUGCGUCUGCCAGAACCAGGGCGCCUCGGUCCGCUGCCAUCACCGCAGAUGCUCCCGCACCUUCCACUUCCCCUGCGGAAGAGAACGCGGCUGCAUCUCCCAGUUUUUCGGAGAGUACAGGUCCUUCUGCUGGCAGCACCGGCCGACCCAGCAGGUGAGGCCACUGCAACAGGAGAACCCGCAGUGUGCCGUCUGCUUGGAGGCGGUGGAGGGACGCCCCACCUACACCACCCUGGUCUGUCCCUCCUGCACCGGCGCUCAGUUCCACCGCCAGUGCAUCCAGGCCCAAGCUCUGAGCGCUGCCCUGCACCACUUCCGCUGCCCGCUCUGCCAGGACAUGCAGACCUUCCAGGCAGAGAUGUUCCGCCUCGGCAUCAAAAUCCCAGACAGGGAUGCGGCCUGGGAGGUGGAAGAGGGAGCCUACCAUGAGCUGUACCAGCAGCACAGCUCCUGUGACACCGGCCUGUGCCUGUGCCCACUCGGAAGGGACUAUUCUGAGAACACAGGGCCCUGGAGGAUGCUGCUCUGCAGCUCCUGCGGUUCCUGUGGCACCCACCAGCACUGCUCUGCCAUCGCAGAGGAUGCGGAAUCGUGGGAGUGCAGCGGCUGCAGCGGUGUGGACACCGGUAAGAAAUGCAGCACGGGGACGUGGUCCCCAUAGACACGUGGCCGUACGCCCUCGGGAGAUGUCCUCCCCGUCGGAGCCACGAUGGGCACAGACAUGUGCACUGCGCUCAUCUCCCGCACCUUGCAGCCCCUUCAGCGUCAGCCGCGGCGCAGUGAUCCCCACACAGCACCCAGCUCCUGGCACUUCGGCUCCAGCACAAGAGGCUGCGACACCGCGACGCUCAGCUGCCUGCACAGCCCAUGGCAGCCCCGCAGCCACUGCGCCUUGCCAGCCUCUGAACAACGGCCUUGCUGGUUGAAGCGCCACAGCGGAGUUUGCUGAUGUGCCGGAGCACUGCAGGGCGCGACACCACCACCGCCACGACUCUCCUGCCUGCGCUUCCCUGCUGAGCUGCUGCUUCCUCUGCAAGAGCGAGCGAUGGGAGCCCAGCCAAGAUGUCAGCACCGUGGAAGAUGCCACUGCAGGGAGCUGAGACCAAGGGUUUCGAUAGUCCAAGUCAUUUCUCUUGGCAUCGAAACUCCUAACUCCUAACUGUGACUGCUCAUCUGAUUGUGACUUCCUAACUGUGACUGCUCAUCUGAUUGUGACUGCUGCCCAGAGAAGCCGUGAACGGCCCAUCCCUGAAAGCGUUCAAGACCAGCUUGAAGGGAGCCCUGGGCAACCUGGACUGGACCUCACCUGGACGAUGGCGACCCUGCCUGUGGCCGGGGGGUUGGAACUUGAGCCUUACCACCCCUUCCAACCCAAGCCAUCCUGUGACUCUAUAUGUCAAACACCUAUUCCUUUCAAUUGUUUUCUCCAUCAAAAUAAACAUCUUAUUUAAAACUUCACUGACUUGGACGGAGUGGAACCACUUAACAUACUUACAGCUCCCUAUUCUCAGCCCCAGCGCAACAACAAAGGCAACAGCAGUGCUGCACAUCCUUACCGAAAGGACAAACGCCACAGAAGUUGCCUCUGAACUUCAGCACCUUCAAUAGACAAGUUUCCCCCUGGACCAAACGCAGCCCGAACGCUCUGCUGUGCGCGCGGUGCUGCCAUUGCUGGUAGCAGCAUCCCUGCUUCGCGGCACAGCUGGCCGAGCAGCUGGCUGAGGACAGGCUAUCCAACUUGCAAGGACCCACAGGCAUCACCCAGCCCGGCUCCCGGCUCCGCACAGCAGCACCCAGCCUUAGGCCACGUGGCACAGAGUCCCACGGGGCUCCCUCAGCUCCCGGCUGUGCCCACCGCCCUCGGGAGCUGCUCCGUGCCCGGCGCCCGCCGCUGCUGAGCCGUUCCCCGACAGCCGAGCCGAGCCGA